AUGGCUGAAGUGGAGCAGAAGAAGCAGGCCUUCCACGCAUUCACCAACCACAGUGUGGACCUGGACCAUGUCCAGCAGGACAUGUCCUAUGCACUACUGCACCCACCAGAGGCAGAGCCUGAACUGCGGCCUGCACAGAACAGCACUUACCACCUGAGAAAAUCUAAGAAGGCGCCACCCAUGGAGAAGCCUGAGAUGGCAAAGACCUACCUGAGCGACAUGGUUGUCCUGCCUGAGAUGGUAGGCAGCAUGCUGGGCUUGUACAAUGGCAAGACUUUCAACCAAGUGGCAACCAAACCAGAGAUGAUCAACCACUACCGUGGCAUGUUCACCAUCACCUACAAGCCUUUUGAAGCAGAGCUGGCCUGCAAGCCUAAGUCACGUAAGGGACCAUUCCUAGCACUGAGCCUCUUCACAAACUCAGGAUUCCAAGUGCAGCUGGACCUCAUGAGAGAAGACAGUGGGCACCCAAAGGGAGAAGACUGGCAAGCAUAG